AUGGACGACGCCUGGCUCGCGACUUUGACGGCACCGCCAACAACAUCUCGAGCCAAACCACAACAGAAACGGCGAGCGUCGUUGCUCGAACAGCCUGCCGAACAGAAGGCUGAUGUUGCUAUAGAAGCCAUUCAGGAGGCUAACGAGGAGGACAACCCGUGGAGCGGCCCGGCAAAGGCAUCUGUCUCAAGGAGGAGCCAGAGUUACAGCGACUUCUAUGAUGUGGUGAAUUCGUACGCGAAACUCAAUGGACAGUCCAGAAGAAGGAGGAGUAGUGUCGGGAGCCACGAAAAAAUUGCACACAGAGGCGGCGUCGAAUUGGAUUUUGACGAGGAGUUUACAUUACUGGAAAGCGAACUGCUGGAGGGAAGUCACCAAGGCUACGAAACAUAUCUUGACCAGCUUCAGCUGUCAAGUUCACACCUAGGCAGUCUGCUCGGCUCGACUCAGGAUACACUGGAUCUUCUGUCCACGCUUUCUGGAUCCUUCAAAAGUGUAGAAAGUCAGACGAACGCCUUCCGGCAGCAAUGCGAGUCACUUAUCACAGAGCAGAGGCGGUUGGAGGCGCUGGCUGACGCCGUGGAGGAGAAUGCUCGCUACUACACCUACCUGGAACCGAUGACACGACGUCUCAAUGCUCCUGGAGCCGCGAACCUGGUCAAGGGUAAUGAUUUCCCCGAAAUGCUGUCGAACCUGGACAACUGCUUGGCAUACAUGGAGUCUCACCCCAAGCAUAAAGAGUCUGAAACCUACAGGAGCAGGUAUCGGCUACUGCUCACACGGGCUUUGACCCUGAUUCGUCACCACUUCACAAAGUCUCUUGGUGAUAUAGCUGCCGAUAUCAGCAAGCGCGUCCAGGGUGGCCAGCUCAAAGAGACCACUCACUCGGCAUUGCUGUAUGCAAAGUUCCGCGUGCCAGCGCCUGAGCUCAAGACGCUCGGUUUGGAGAUUCAGAAGCGAGCAGUGCCUACUCCAGAUGAUGUUGAUGCCGGACGUGAACCAGAAUACAUGAGCCUGCUGCGCGAGCUCUACGAGUCUUACUCUGCCGCGCGUGGCCGUCUCAUGCUACCUUUGGUCAGCAAAAAGAUGGCAGAACUUGCUGGGACGUCGCAGCAAGCUGAUGUACUGGAUUUUGCAAAGUCAAGCUUGAGUUUCCUGCGUGGCAUCUGUCUGGACGAAUACGAGCUUUGGUUCGAGUGGUUCGAGACAGAGGGCGCCUUGCACGAUUUUCUGGAGAGCUUGACAGAGCCCAUGUUUGACUAUCUCCGGCCCAAGGUCAUCCAUGAGACCAAGCUGGAGAAACUUUGCGAGCUGUGCGCGAUGGUCCAAGGUCGAUACAUGGACACCGAUUCGGAUGACGAGGAUGACGAUGAUCUUGAGAGCGCAGUGUCAGGACCAGCGCCGGAUGGCAGGACGCUUGGGCGUAAGCUCGACUUUGGCAGCUUAAUACAGCCUGGACUGCAGGAUGCGCAGACGAGGCUAGUCUUUCUCGCAAUGAACGUGCUGCGAGAUGGAAUCGAAAAUUACAAGCCGCAGCCCGAAGACCUGGAGUGGCCUAGGAAGUCAUCUGCACCAGCGACGAAUGGUAGCAAGGCUGGACCAGUGCUCUCGGGAAAGCGUGACACGUCGUCAACGAACAAAAAGGCGCCAGCAACCGUCGUCGAAGACGCAGAUGAUGGUGCAAGCAUGUUCAGCAAACAGCUCACUACCAAGGACGGCGCACCACCAGCCCACAACUGGUACCCCACCCUUCCCAAGGCCAUCUGGCUCCUUCGCCGCAUCUAUCGCUUGGUCAACAGCACCGUGUUUGACGACCUUGCCCACCGGAUAGUCCACUCCACCAUCGCUUCCCUCUUGUACGCAAGCAAUCAAGUCUCAUCCAAGAAGACCACCCCAGAUGGCCAACUCUUCUUGAUCACCCACCUUCUCCACCUCAAACAACAGAUCGUCGCCUUCGACAUCGAGUUCAUCCCACCCGAAGUCGAGUUCGACUUCUCCUCAUACACCAACACCUUCUACGAGCUCCGCGAGCGCGGCAACCUCUGGAACCCGGCCAGCUGGGUUCGUCUCGUAAGCGGAGCUCUGGGAGGUGGCCUGCUCCCCAAGGUCGUAGAGAACAUGCUCGACGCCAAAGCUGAACUCGAUGGCCGGCUCCGCACGGUAAUCAAUGACUUCGUCAACGGCCACGCCCAGCACAUCACUGCUCCCAUCGAACCGACUUCCAUCUCGGAGGCGAAGACGAAGCAAGCGUUCGAUGCUCUGAAAGCUGUCCGUACCGUGCGAGGACUGGCGGAGAAAGACGUCCCCGCUAUCCGUGCGAAGCUAAUGGAGUUUGUGGACGAUGCGCGGACGAGGGAGACGUUGGUGGCGGCUGUGCGGGACCAGGUGGUUAUGAGCUAUGAGGACUUCUUCGAUGCGCAGAGCGAAGGGCAGACGAGGCGGCUGAGUCGGAAGGGUAAAGGACGGGAGGAUGAGGUCUGGGGUCCAGAGUUGUUUGUGGAGGCUAUGGAGAGGGUGUUUCAAGUAGGACAGAUGGUUGGAGAGGACGAUGGUGGCAGUGAGGGGAGUGGGCAUGUCAGCGAUUGA